UUUCGAGCGUCAAGUCAAACCCCCGCCAGAGCCGGAACCAGCACCAGCACCAGCACCGCACCCCCAGAGCCACGCCCUGCCGUGUCCCUGCUGCCCGCCGCGUCCCUGCCCGCCUACACCGGCGCGUCCACUGAAGCCGCCCGCAGACCGCCCAGCAUGGACUCCGAGUCCGAGCACGACCACCGCGACGAUGAGAGCCUGUCCGAGCCCGAGGAGGUCGAGGAGACCAAGCCCCGACCCGCCCUCAAGAAGCCCAGAGACGUCCUCCCGCCCGUCGAGCGCCCCGAGCUCCCCGAGCAGCCCGAGCCCUCCACCGUUGACUUUUCGACGCUGAGCCCGCUGUCGCCCGAGAUCAUCUCGCGCCAGGCCACCAUCAACAUCGGCACCAUUGGCCACGUCGCCCACGGCAAGAGCACCGUGGUCAAGGCCAUCUCGGGCGUGCAGACGGUGCGCUUCAAGAACGAGCUCGAACGCAACAUCACCAUCAAGCUCGGCUACGCCAACGCCAAAAUUUACCAAUGCGACAACCCCGAGUGCCCGCGCCCGACGUGCUACCGGUCCUACAAGAGCGAGAAGGAGGUCGACCCCCCGUGCGAGCGCGAAGGCUGCGGCGGCAAAUACAGGCUGAAGCGCCAUGUCUCCUUCGUUGACUGUCCCGGCCAUGACAUUCUCAUGAGCACCAUGCUAUCGGGAGCUGCCGUCAUGGACGCUGCCCUGCUUCUCAUUGCUGGAAACGAGACGUGCCCGCAGCCCCAGACCAGCGAGCAUCUGGCCGCCAUUGAGAUCAUGAAGCUCAACCACAUCAUCAUCCUGCAGAACAAGGUCGACCUGAUGCGGGAAGACAAUGCCGCAGCUCACUACGACUCCAUCCUGAAGUUCAUCCGAGGCACAGUUGCAGAUGGCUCGCCCAUCAUCCCCAUAUCCGCCCAGCUCAAGUUCAACAUCGACGCUAUCAACGAGCAGCUCAUCACUAAGAUUCCCGUGCCAGUGCGAGACUUCAGCGCGAAGCCGCACAUGAUUGUCAUCCGAUCCUUUGAUGUGAACAAGCCCGGUGCCGAGAUCGACGAGCUCAAGGGUGGCGUUGCUGGUGGCAGUAUCCUGACCGGUGUACUGAAGCUUGGUGACGAAAUCGAGAUCAGGCCCGGUAUUGUCUCCAAGGACAGUGCCGGAAAGAUUCAGUGCAAGCCAAUCUUCUCAAGAGUUGUGUCGCUCUUUGCAGAACACAACGAUCUAAAAUUUGCCGUGCCUGGCGGUCUGAUCGGUGUCGGAACAAGGGUCGAUCCUACCCUUUGUCGUGCUGAUCGUCUGGUCGGUUUCGUCUUGGGUCUUCGUGGCCAUCUCCCGAACAUCUAUACUGAGAUCGAGGUCAACUACUUCCUGCUGCGAAGAUUGCUUGGUGUAAAAACUGCCGAUGGAAAACAAGCCAAGGUUGCAAAGUUGGCCAAAAACGAAGUACUGAUGGUCAACAUUGGGUCCACCGCCACAGGAGCAAAGGUCAUUGCUGUGAGAGCCGACGCUGCUCGUCUCUCGCUCACCUCUCCGGCAUGCACAGAGAUUGGCGAGAAGGUUGCAUUGUCAAGACGUAUCGAGAAGCAUUGGCGUCUGAUUGGUUGGGCAAAUAUUGUUGCUGGUAACAUCCUGGAACCGCUUAAGGAUUAGGAAACGAUCAAAGCAGGAGAUCCACGAGCAAAUGAACUCAUUUGAUGGCGAAACUCAAAAAAGUAUAAACCAUAGAGCCCAGAGAGGCGGAGAGUUCAUCGUCGAUUCGAGGAGCUGUCAAGCCUUGACGUUAGCAUUCUAAGCAUAUUUUUGGCGGGAAUCGGGUUCCUCCUGAACGAAUGACCACGGCUUGAUGACAGGAUACGGAAAUCGCCAACAACAUUAGAAAUACAGCACUGAUUCAAGUCGAAUGUAUAACCCAUGGUUCU